AUGCCAGCAGCUUUAGAAGAAGCACAGAUUGUCCUUCUCCAUUCUAGAUAUCAUGGUUUUCACGGACUUAUUCUUGGAUUUACAAUGAUCUUAAAACAACAAAUUCCAGAUGAAUUUCCAAUUAACUUUAUUCCCAUUAGGGCAAAAAAUAUUCCCUUUAUUGCGCUAAUGAUUAGUGUUGCCUUGUCCUUCCUCACCAAUCAAGUAUCAGAUUUGCCUUUUAUAAUAUUUGGUUUUUAUAUCUCAUGGUUAUAUUUAAGAUUUUAUCAGACCACACAAGAUGGAACAAAAGGAGAUCAUUCAGAUUCCUUUGCAUUUCACACGCUUUUUCCACACUUUUUACAUCCUUUAUUAGAACCAUUGGGAACUAAGAUUUAUAAUGUUUCUAGACAGCUCAAAAUUGUGUCUGAGAUUAGGACAAUUCAAACACCUCAACCCACCUUCACAAACAAAGUCUCUCUUAGUUCUAAUUUUGAUAGCAUUUUCUUAGAUUCUCCCAUUAAACCAUCUGCACAAAGCUCAACUUCAUCACAAGCUGCUUCGCUCGUAGAUCAACAUCUGACCGCCCCAAAGACUUCAGAACAAUCAGCUAAGAGAAGAGAAUUAGCUUUACAAGAGCUCGAUAAGAAAUUACAAAGUAGCACGAACGCUUCCUCUAAUAAAGUGGACAAAAGUGAAAACGUUUAA